AUGGUGUUCGUGGUCGUGAAGGGGACUAACUACCCGGACGAGUUCACAGUGGAGCGUGCGCUGACAGACGCACUCUCCUCAUCCGAGGAGACGCCGCGUGGCGCCGCGGACGUCAACUCCCCACCUCAUGCGUGCGCGUCUUUGCCUUCUACAGGCACAAUUGUGCCGGGCAUUGCACACAUCCUCAACAAGCGUCAUCAUGUGCGCCUGAUGCUCAUGUCGGCCCAGGAGCUAGCCACGCUGUGGCCGCAGCACCAGCACCGUUGCGAUGGCACGGCUAGCACAGAGCCAAGGGAGAACCAAGAGCCAGAGGAGGUGUUAGGACGCUAUCAAGCCCUUAUCGAUGGCCUCUACGCGCGACUCAAGGACGCCAAGGAUCCGGUGUUGGCAGACGAGUUCGACAACGCCGAGCGCGAGCUGCGCGCGCUCACCGCUACCCUGUACUCUUCGCUUUGCACCCACGCGGACGGUCCUGAGGCGGCGGUGCAGCAGCUGUACACAAAGCAUGAGGACCCUGACCUGGACGAAGACACGCGCUUGGUCGUGUACCACUGCCGUGCCCUUCUCGAUCCCGAGUGGAAGGCGAACGAGCGAGUCGAGGAGGAUGAAGCAGCGCUGUGGUUCUGCGGCAAACCGAUGGAGGCGACGCUGGCCAAGUACUGUGGUCGGAACGAAAAGAGCAAAGUCAUUGUCAAGGUCGCGCCACGGAAAGGGCCGGCCCCGAGCUGUGAGCCACGCAUGCGCUACGAGGAUCAGCGCGCGCUCUACCGCGCCAUGUGCCAGCGGCGCGAAGCGUACAAGCAGCUGGAGGACUCAGAGCUGCGCGACCGCGUCGUCCAGCAGUCGUGGAGCACGGGACGACUACUGCUGGGCGCGGCAGCGGCUUCCAGCAGUCACAGCGAAGGGAAACGGAUGAUGACGUCGUUGGGCUCUGGAACGUCGAGUCCGGCGACGCUGUGUACGGAUGGGCUGCGCCCCAUCUUCCCUUGCAAGGAAGAGCGUGAGCUGCCCAUCUCUUAA